AUGGGAAGAGAAAUCGGAUUUAAUUUUGGUAAAAAGAGAAGAAAUAAAUAUACAUCUGGCAAAAUAACAAAAUACCAUGGUGUUGAACCAGAAGUUAUAAGGAUCAAACCAUCAUCAGUUAUAACAGAAAAAAUUGGUAACAGUUUAACAGUGACAUGUUCAGUAGAAUGUAAACCAGACUGUACUGUGUCUUGGAAGAAAAGUGAGAGCUUAUUAGAAAAUAACAAUGAACUGAAGUUUCCUAAUUUAACACGACUUAAUGAUGGGGAAUAUACCUGUCACGCUGAAAAUGAAUAUGGUUCUUCUGAUGAAGAUUUGACAAUUCACAUUCAUUAUAAACCAAUCCUUGUGUCAGAAAAAUUGAAAGAUAUGAAAUUUAAGGAGUUAAGAAUUAAGGAACUUUCUAAUGUUAAUAUCACUUUAGAGAUAGACAGUAAUCCUGAACCAGAUAUCACCUGGAUUAAAAGUGGGAAGAUACUACCAGACAAUGAUACAACUAUGAUGUUAUCUGGACCAGUGGUACGCCAGGUGACCAAUAUCAAUAAAUAUAUGUAUAAUAGUGUAUAUAAGAUUAUACAAGCUCAAUGUACAGACAUGGCUAACUAUAGUGCGAGGAUAUCAAACCAAUAUGGUGAAAUCUCUUCUUCAGCUUUUCAUCUUAAAGUUUCUUGUAAACCUAGAAUCGAAGAUGGGGAAUAUUUUAAGACCGAGUUCGCUCCAGAGUUAGGUGAAACUAUAGAUAUUAAUAUGAGGGUAAUAGCAUACCCUGCCCCUGUGAUAUCAACUAUUUACCAUAACGGUAGUGUUAUACCUAUAUCAGUGUUUAAUAUAACACACUAUACACCUUCAGACUAUUUAACUGUGUUCACAAUAACUAAACAUGUUCAGACAUUAAAUGAUUUAGGAAUUUAUCAUGUGGAACUCUCUAAUGAUGAAGAUAGAGUUAACAUCACAGUACAUUUCAAAGACAAAGGAAGUCCAUCAACACCACAAGAUCUACGUGUGUCUGAAAUUAAAGCCUUAUCCAUUCUUUUACAAUGGACCUCAACUUUCAAUGGUGGUGAGAAACAAACAUUUAGUGUGUGGUAUAAACAUUUAUAUGGAAAUUGGACAUUUUAUAAUCAAACUUAUCAUGACCCUGGAGAGGGCUCUACUGUAAAGGCAGAGAUUAAAGGGUUACGUGAUCUAACAGCAUAUAUGUUUCAAGUUCGUGCUAAAAAUAAGUAUGGAAUGAGUGAUUUUACCCCCUCCUUACCAGUUACUACUAUAGAAUUAACGAAGACCCCGGUAGAAAAUGCUGGGAUGUCUACAGCUGAUAUUGGUAUGUGGGCCGGUAUUAGUAUAGCUCUAGUAGUACUAAUUAUAGCCGUUAUUAUAGCUAUAUUCUUUAUUAGAAGAAAAUAUCAAGAAAAGAAAAAAGAUAAAUUUUUUAAAGAGAUAAGAGACGCUGGGGAUCCCAUGAUGCCUGGACAGUUUUUAGAGUUAUCUAAUAAAGAAAAUCAUCUUUAUGAAGAAAUCUUAGAACAUCGUUUAUCCAGAGCAGGGUCUCCAAGUACUAAUAGUAACGGUACUAGUUCACAUGAAAGAAAACCUGCCCCCACCUCGGCACCACCUAAACCCCCCAGAACAUUUGAAGAACCAACACCUAAAAAACCUGAACCAAUAUGGAAACCAGUGGAAAAGAAAGCACCAAAAGUCAAUGAGAAUACAUUACAUUUAGCAGUGGCUAGAAAAUCUUUAAAACCAGUGACCAAUAAAGGUCAAUUAUAGACUAAUAUACAACAUCAAAAUUUGGAUAUUACGGUGCUCCUCAUAUUUGCCCUUCAAGAUUAAAACAUAUAACAGGCCUUAAUUCUUUGCCUUGUUUAUCUUAAACUGAUAUGCGGACUAUAUGAAAUGGAAUUCAAGUCAACAAUUCUAUAGCAGAGCUACAUCAGGGUUUCCAAAGUGUUAACAUGUCAUGCAUGGAUGAUAUGAACAAUACCUGCCACAGUGAUAUUUUAGUUAAGCUCAAAAACACUCAAUAACAUGUAUGGAUAUAAUAUAUUGGUGUAUGGUGUUUAGCUUGACUAUUUUCACAAAUUAUAUAUGAUUUUGAGCUUUGGUUUCAUAAGUGGCUUUUUCAGUUUUUGUUUUUUGUUUUGUUGUUAUACAGACUGCCUUGCUAAUUGAAAAUAAUAAACAAAACAACCUGCAUGUAUAUGAUCAAAAGUGGUUUAUGGGUUUAUGAUUAAAGAAAUAAUAAGCUUAGUUCUGUAUUUUUACCGAACAAAUGGUUUCUUUUAUUUUGGUCUGUAAAAAUCUCAAAUUUUUGUUUACAAUUCAAGAAAAAAAAGCUAAUUUGAUAGUUUCUAUGAAAAAAAAAGAUGGAAAAAUGAACCGGUUUCUUUCAAACAAAUGAUUUAAGGGUUUCAUUAUCUUAUGUUAUAAUGUACUUAAAUAUAUUAACAAAUUUGUAUUUUUUAUUUGUACCUUGUUGCUUUGUUAACUUGUAAAUAUUUUUAUAAUGAAAUGUAUAUAUAUUUGUAGUUUGUUGUUGAGAGGUAAUUGUUUUUGUUUUUUUUUCUCCUCAAAAUCAUGUAUACAUGAAUAUAUGUCUUUUAAAAGGACAUAGUUGCUUACAAAUUUGUUUUGCUAACUUGUGGAGCCUAAUUUCUGCUAUCUGUAUCACUUAUUAAAAUUAAGAUUUGACAUCCAGUUCAUCUUGAGUUUUAUGACAACAAAGUUUACAUUCUCCUUUGCAAAUAUGACAUGAAUGGUGAAAUCUACAGGUUAGAAUUUUAAUAGUAACCUACAAACUACAAUUAUUUUUAUUUAUUGCAAACAAACUAGAUGUCAGAUCUAAAUUCUGAAAAAUGGUACAGAUAGCUGAAAUUCAGCUUUUUUGAUUUUGAAAAUAUUAUAUAGAUGAAACAUCUCUGAUGUAAUGUUUUAUACUACGCUCUGUAAACUUGUUACGCUUUGACUAUCACAAAAACAUUUAUUUUAUUGUUUAAAGUUAAAAUGAAUUUUAACUCUUGAGAAUAAUUUUCUUGUCCACAAUAUUUCAUUUUUUAUCUAAAAUUUAUAUUUUAAUUGCAAUUCACAGCAUGAAUAAAAUAAUCUCCUAUGAAUUCUGUUCUCAAAGCAUUACAAAUUUUUUGAUAUAGGGACCAUCUGUGCAAUGAUCAACACAAACCAUUUUCUUUACAAAAAACAAAACUAUGCAACAAUAUUGGCAGCUCAAAAGUUUAAGUGAAGUUUACGGAUAUAAAUCAAAUUAAAUUUUACAUGUUAAUUAGAUAUACAUGUAAUAUUAAGAAUAUUUGCAUUUCCAGCUGAUAGAGCCAUCUGUAACACUUUUCAAAAAUGAGAUUCCACUAUAGAAUUCUCAUGGGCAGUUAUGAUUAAUGAUCUCAUAAUAUUGGUAACAUUUGCACAUAAAAAUGUACAUCUAGGAAAGUUUGACAUUCUGAAUUUUCAUAUUAGGUUCAUGUUUAUUUGUAGGAGAACUGUAUGUCUGAUUUAAACCCCGAAAAGUGAUACUUGAGCGAAAUGAAGUCCUUAUCAGCUGGCAAGCGAAUAUCUCUUUUUAUGAAAGAAUAAAUUCUUGAAAGUAAAUUCAUUAUAAUAAAUAUUGUAUAUUUUAUAGAAGUACACUUCAAAGUAGUUUAAUAUUUUAUAUUUGUAUAUUUUUAAAUAAAUAAAUUUAUGAUUGUAAAUAUU